AUGGCCGACUCUCAGCCGUCCCAAGCCCCCGGAUCGCAAGGCCAGAACCGCGGUGGUCGUCGACGUGGACGAGGAGGAGGUAAUCAGUCAGACAAUGCAGGCACACAGCAGCAACAUUCCAACGAGAACUCCGGAAGAGGAUCGAAACUUCGGGGCCGUGGGGGUAGAGGGGGUGGUGGUCGCGAUAGACAAAAUCGCAAUGCCACCAAGGCUCCGGCCGGGGACAAUGAACAGGCUUCUGCCAGCACACCAGCUCAAGGCGAUGCCAAAGGCAAGCAGGCUGCAGCAGAAGCGACAGACGAUGCCGAUGAUGGUGAAAUUUGCUUCAUCUGUGCCUCUACUGUUUCGCACACGUCCGUCUCACCUUGCAACCACCGGACCUGUCAUAUCUGUGCACUGAGAUUACGGGCCCUUUAUAAAAACAAGGCCUGCGCGCAUUGUCGGGUAUGUGGUGUUGUCGCUACGGAGUCCAACUAUGUGAUCUUUACAGACGACCCGGCGAAACGCUUUGAGGACUUCACAAACACUGACUUCUCCCGGAAGGAUGAGAACUUGGGUAUUCAAUAUGAGAACGAUGAGAUCUUCGAGGAUACUCUCUUGCUGCUACGAUACAAUUGUCCCGACACAGACUGUGAUGUGGCUUGUCUCGGCUGGCCGGAUUUACAUCGCCAUGUUAAGAGUAAGCACAACAAGGUUAUGUGUGAUCUAUGUACUCGGAACAAGAAAGUCUUCACCCACGAGCAUGAGCUCUUUACGAUGGCAGAGCUGCGCAACCAUGAGAAGCACGGAGACCAUGUUCCCGGAGCCAUUGACCAGAGUGGUUUCAGGGGACACCCCCAGUGUGGAUUCUGCCGCCAGCGAUACUACGGAGACGACGAGCUCUAUGCUCACUGCCGCGACCGCCACGAACGAUGCCACAUUUGCGAUCGCCGAUCUGGUCACCGACAACAACAGUACUAUGUCGACUACAAUGCACUUGAGGAUCACUUCCAAAAAGACCACUUCAUCUGUCUGGAUACGGAAUGCUUGGAGAAGAAGUUUGUUGUCUUUGAAUCUCAAAUGGAUCUGAAAGGUCAUCAACUGGAAUGCCACCCGAACGGGCUUUCCAAAGACGCAAGACGAGAUGCUCGUAUGGUGGAUCUAUCGAGCUUUGAUAUCAGAACGCCGUACCAGCCCCAGCGACAACGCCGCGGUGCUGGCCGAGGCCGCGACCCCAAUGCGGAACCUCUCCCCGUGUCCAGUGCUCAGCCGUUGAGACGGGAUGAGAUCGCUUAUCAACGACAGGUGGCCAUUCAAAGUUCGCAGUCUGUGACAAGCCGGAGCUUUGGCGGCGAACUUACUCGCAACGACACCCAAACUGUGCGCGCUCCUCCUCGGAAUGCGGGUCCCACGCCAUCUCAAGCCUCUGCAGCUGCUCGAACCCCACCAGUGUCUGCCAUGGAGAAUCUCGACCUCAGUGCUGAUUCGGGCCCUCUCACACCCCAGGAACAGGCUCGUCGCAUGCGCCAUGCGUCUGUUAUUGAGCGUGCAUCAAGCCUGUUGCGCAACGAUUCGACCAAGCUUGCGGAGUUCCGCAGUAGAGUCUCCAGCUACCGUACUUCCUCCAUCUCCGCCACCGAACUCAUCGACGCCUUUUUCUCCCUCUUUGAUACAUCUAGCUCUGAGCUAGGUAAGCUUAUCAAAGAGCUUGCAGAUAUCUACGAAGAUGAGUCGAAACGAAGUGCGCUCCUCCAGGCUUGGAACGACUGGCGGGCCAUCAAUGAAGACUACCCAGCUCUGCCUGGACCAGGUGGUCUUCUUCCAGGCAUGUCACCCAGCACCGUGAACGGCAGCGGUGCUGGAGGAAGCCGAGUCCUCCGCCUCAAAUCAUCAACUGCCCAGUCCUCUCGCUCAGCAGUUGGCAGAAGCGGUGCCCUUCCUUCUGGUUCAUCCUCCAGCAAUCCUUUCCCGGCCCUCCCCUCCUCUACCAGCUCAGCUUCUAGAAAAGCCAAUGCAGCAAACGCUGCUACCCCCUGGGCCACCGCUGCUCCCGCCGCACCUUCUAUGGCGACCAGCCGCCCUGCUACUCGAGCACCUGCACCAUCUUCCUCGCGUGCCCCUGCUCCAAGGAGCGCCGAUGCCUUCCCUGCUCUCCCCAAAGCUCCUAAACCGAACAUCCUCAUGGCAGGUCUCACCCGUGGAACCGUUCGGUGGGAUGACCGCCGCCCUCAACCGGCGAAUGCCUGGGGACAAUCAUCAGGAGGCGAAUCGGCAUCUGCUUCCGCGGAGGCUGAUGACUUCCCAGAACUUGGCGGAGGUGGAGGGAAAAAAGGAAAAGGCAAGAAAGGAAAGCAAACAUUGUUCCAUUUUGGAUAAAUGUGGAUUCUCUUCUUGAUUUGCUAAGGCGAUUUUGUUCUUUGGUUCAUCUUGAGCGGGGGUUCUAAGCAUAGAUGUUUGAUAGAGUUUUAUACCUUUUCAAUAAAAAGUUUUAGGUUGAGAUAUGAGGAUGUUGACAAUUGGCAGUUGUAGAAUUAGAGAUUGCAAAUGUAGAUAAUCAUAACGCUUAACACAAGUCUAUCUCCCCCAUAACUCUAUAAUAAAAUAAAAAGGUCCAGGUCUACAAAUUAUACUGCCACAGGAAAACUAUAGACUCAGAGCGCAAUAAAAAUAUACACCUACAGCUCAGUCAUCCUCUAUACUCUCAAUUUCAGAGGACUCCUGAGAGGAAAUCUCCAAGAUCGAUCUCUCACCACUUGACACAGAAGUAGUGUAUCGAGACACUUCUUCUCGUUCUUCCACUAACCCUGAUGAGUUUGACGAUACUUCUUCCGCAAUAGAAGUAAGUU